CUCCAGCCAAAAAAAGUUUCAAUCUUUGCUCUUAUCAAUGGCGAAAUCCCUCUCAGCCUUCUUCUUCUUUUCCUUCUCCUUCCGCUCAAAACCCACAAUCCCACCUCCCUUCUCAACAAUGGCAACUCUCACGCACACGCCAAUAGUCCCCAACUUCUUCACCAGAAGCCGACCCGUUUUAUCAACCCGCUUCUCCUCCAAAACCCCUUACCCUCUCCAAUACGACAUGAUCAUCAGCCGCCCGACCCAAUCCUCCGUGAACCCACGUCGCCGCCGGCAGGUACAACAUCCCACUCGAGCCGCCGCCGAAGACGACCCAGGCUCCGCUCCGAGUCCCGACCCGGAAUCGGGAUUCGACGACUGGGUCGAUCAGAAGCUGUCGUCGGAGAUGGACAAGUCGAAGAGGAAGUAUUACAGUAAGAGGAUGAAGAGGAUGUACGGCACGGAUUCCGACGAGGAGGCGAGUAGAAAAGCCGAUGAGGAAGGUUUCGUGGAGUUGAAGCCCGAGGUGGUGGAGUUUCAUCGGUUGCACAAGAGAGAAGAGGAGCUAUACUUCUUCGACGCGAUGGCUUAUCCGUGGGAGAAGGAUAAGCAUUACAAGAUGGUUUAUCAGUUGGAGAAGAAGUAUUUUCCUGAUCAGUGCCUCGACAAGGCUUUUAUGGAUCCCAAGGACUCGAAAACAAGCAGUAAGAGUAAGAAGGGAAGAGUAAAGAGUGAUGUGUCAGCAGCCAUUGGAGCAGGUGAAGGAGGAGAUGAAAAGUUAGUGUUUUUUGAGGAGGGGAAGAAAGGAGAAUUUUGGAGUGGUUCAGCUGGGGAUGUGGUGAAUGAGAAUGUUACGCACAAGACAGUGGCUGAUUUCUUCAAGGUGUUGAAGAAGGGUUCUGGGAGUAAUGAGGGGGAAGUUGGGAAAGCAGAGCCGUUUCUUGCUAGUAGGAGCAAUGGGCUUCCUCCCACCUGGGAUGGUCCUUAUGGCACUGUGGUUUUGGUUAACAAGCCGAAAGGGUGGACUUCAUUUACAGUAUGUGGGAAGCUCCGUCGACUGGUCAAAGUGAAAAAGGUUGGGCAUGCUGGAACUCUUGAUCCAAUGGCAACUGGUUUGUUGAUUGUAUGCGUUGGCAAAGCGACUAAAGUAGUGGAUAGCUACCAAGGUAUGGUCAAGGGUUAUAGUGGAGUUUUUCGCCUUGGGGAAGCUACUUCAACCUGGGAUGCUGAUUCUCCCGUUAUUCAGCGUGAGCCUUGGGAGCACAUCAAAGACAACGACAUUAAGAAAACUGCUGCUUCGUUUGUUGGGGAGAUAUGGCAAGUUCCUCCAAUGUUCUCAGCCAUCAAAGUAGGAGGGGAAAAGAUGUAUGAUAAAGCCAGAAGAGGAGAAAGUGUCGAGCUUGCACCAAGAAGAAUCUCAAUCUUCCAGUUUGACAUUGAAAGGAGCCUAGAGGACAGGUUUCUGAAAUCUUACUUGGAACCUUAAAUGAAUAUCAAUGCUAUCUUAACUUCAAUUCAUUUUGCCAAGUUCACAAUUUCAAUAAAUCAAUACCUCAGCUGGUAUUAUUACUGUUCUCCAUGCAAUUCUUCUAGGGCUUGAGUCUGAACUGAGCGAGUGAUGUCUGGCUCUUGCAGACAAAAUCUGAUUUUCAGGGUGACGUGCUCGAAAGGGACAUACAUUCGAUCAUUAUGUGCAGACUUAGGGAAGGCUCUUGGCAGUUGUGCUCACUUAACUGCUCUUCGAAGAGAUUCAAUAGGAGAAUAUGCAGCAGAUGAUGCAUGGGAAUUUAAGGAGCUGGAGGAUGCAAUCGUCAAAUCCUAUUUCUAACUGCACCUUUGAGUACUUCUGGCCCUCAGUCAUUAACAUCAUGAAGACUGCCACCUGCCAAACUAUCCUCCGAAUUCUUAUACUCGAAUAAGUUUUCCAAGUACACAGGCAGCCAGAAUGAGUGAUAAUUUUUGUGAUCUGUAAUCUGUAAAUUGUAGCUGAAAUUUUGUACCAUUUUCUUUCCUCUUUUUAAUUUAUAGGUCCAUUUGUAUGCAUAAUUUGCAAUAUGUAUACAUUUCCCAUUUCAUGAAUUGUCUGCACAAUGCCAUUAGCAUUAGGAAUCGGAGUAUUGUCUGCUCAACUUGGAUUGUCUGUUCAACUUUAGCCAUUACCUGCAGCAUGGUAUUGAAGUAAACUAUUGGACCAUUGGAGGCACUAUUGACCGUU